UCCGGGUCGCCCAGGAUGGCGGAGGGCCGCCGUUUGGUUUCCGCAGCAAAGGCGCCCGCCAGCCCCAGGCCCCGCCGAGAGGCACGGCGGGUCUGCGGCGGGCUGAGGCGGAGCCUCUGGCAGAGCGUCGAACCGGUCGGCAGCGACUCCGGCCCCUGCUCCGGCCCCUGGGGGUCGGACGAGCCCACGGAGAUCGCGACCGUGCUGGAGGAGUGCGUGGCGGAGGGCUCUGUGAGCCAGGAGACAUUGGAUUUAGCCUGUGAAGAAUUUGAAUGCUUUGUGAGGUUUUCAGAGAGGGAAAAAAUGGCGAAGAUUCGAGCAGAAAUCAAUGAGAAGAAACUGGAAACUGAACUUCUGCAAUUGGAGCUGGAGACAGCAGACAUAGUUCAUCCUUUUUAUUUAAGUAAAAAAUACCAGAUAUUGCAAGAUGUGAACAGACACUUGGAAGCAGUACUGAAAGAGAAGAGAAGACUUAGGCAGAGGCUGAUUAAGCCCAUAUGUCAAGAGACGCUGCCUAUUAAGGCUGAUUUCCACAAGUAUGUAGUGGAGUUGUUGACUGAGGCUGUGACUUUCAUUGAGAAGUUGGAAAACCAUUUGCAGACUGUAAAAACGAUCCCUCAGGUACCAACUUUCAUGAAGAAUCUGGACAUUGCUUUGACAAAAACAGAAGUGCUGGUGACAGAUUUGGAAGAGCUGACUGAGCAAAUAUUGCAGUGGAGAGAAGUGCAAAAAGAAGUGUAUUCUGACAGCAUUUGCAAUACUGCUGAAUUGGACUUGGGCUUAUCUACCUAACAAAUGAUGUUGUUCUUCAUGUGAGAUAAUUGCUUGAAGAACUGCCAUGCAAGUCUCCUGUGGAAACUGCAACACAGUUGUGCCUUAAGUUAACAGGGAUUUUGUAGAUAGUUGUAUUUAUGUUUGACAUUGUAGUUCAGUGUUUUCCAACUAAUUGAAAACAAAAACAGAUGAUAAAUGGCUGAGCGGUAGCUUGUAAAUAGUCAACUGCUGAGGGGACUGUUAGAGAGUUCCUCUUUGAAAUAGUUGACAGACUCUGAGCCUUUAUCUUCAGUGCAAAUUUGUUGGCUUUAGAACCUCUAUUCAUUUUUAGAGGUAUGUUGAUAAUACACUGUAUUUUGUAUGCCAUUAUAACACUUCAAUAAAAGUACUAGAUUUUAAGAUUUAAGUCUUUAUUUUGCUAUGGAAUUUUGCAUUUAAAACAAUGAUACAGAAUGCUAUGGAAACUGUAGGGGAACUGUUGGUCACAGCCUGAGCCUCUGAUUGACCACCUGAGGCAAGCAGUGAGUCAGCCACGGGAGCACAGGUAAAGGCAAUUCACCUGUGCUACCAGCAGGUAGCUCCUAGAUCCCAUUUAAAUGCUGACUGCCACUGAGGAAGGAUCUGGAGAUCGCUCCUUGUGGAGUUUAUUGCAAACCUACAACAUCAGUGAGCAUUUUUUUCCAUUCAAUAUUUUUCUAUCACAGUAAUUCUGCUUAGCCUAACUUCUGUACACUCAUUGAUUGAAGCAUAAACUGGCACUUAAGGAUUCAAACCAAGAAAUUUUACUAGUGUUAAGUUACAGCUUAUUAGAGUUAUGAUGUUGUUGACUGCAAAAGCAAGGAAUGGACUUGGUGAUGUGUAGCAGUUCUUCUAAUUUUCUGAUAACCCAGAUUUCUAUCGUAGUGAUAGCUGUAUUAUUCAGUCUUCUAUUGCUUGCCCUGUCUUCAGUGACCUUCUUAAAAUACAACUCAUUUUACACAAGUA